AACCUCAUCCCUUCAACCCUUUAUUAUUUUCCUUUCAUCCUUAUUGAGAAUCACAAUCAUCUUUUCCGGCCACACAAAAUGGAAAGCGCAGUUGAAGAUUGUCGCCGUGACGGCGAAGAAGUUUCCGACGUGGAACCGGCUCGGGAGCUUUUGUCUCAGUUAGAGCUUUCUCAGGGAGUUGAUGGUGAAGAAAUCGAGUACGAGGACGAGGAAAACGAGGAAGACGAUGAAGACGAGGAAGAGGAAGAAGAAUUUUCCUUUAUUUGCCCCGGAGACGACGCCGCGCAGAUUGCCGCCGAGGACGCGUUCUUCAACGGCCAGAUCCGACCCGUUUACCCGCUCUUCAACCGAGAUCUCCUACUGGGAGCCGCCGAUUUUGACGGCUUGGACGAGAAGCCGCCGGUGGAGAAUGUUUUCGUCGAAACCGCCGAGGUGACGUCAUCCGACGCGGAAGCGCUAUCCUGCGAGUGGUCGGGGAAGGCGGUCGUGGCGGCGGCUGGACCGGACGGUUGCAAGAAGAGCAACUCGACCGGGUUUUCCAAGUUCUGGAGAUUCCGAGAUCUCCUCCACCGGAGCAACAGCGACGGGAGAGACGCGUUCGUGUUCCUUAACAAUCCGGCGCCGUCGACGAGCGCCGCCGGGAAGACGGAAGAGAAGUCCUCGCCGGGAAAAAAGACCGGCAAGGCUAAAGUCAACGGCGACUCCGCCGGAGAUCAGAAGAAGAAGAAAAGUAAGAAACAACUUUCGGCUCACGAGCGUUACAUGAAAAGCAAGGCGAAAGACGAAGAUCGCCGGCGGUCGUACCUGCCUUACCGGCCGGAGUUGGUCGGGUUCUUCACCAACGUCAAAGGUGGUUUAACUAGAAACGUACACCCGUUCUAAGAACCAGACGUACUAGUUUAACCAUAACUACUACAAUUAGUUUAAUUUUUUUUUUAUUUUUUUUUUAGUUUUCUUAUUGGAAAUAACUUAAAUUUUUUGAUAUGCUUAUGCAUCUUUGUAAAUCUUGGUCAACUAUAUAUGGCUCAAUAUUUUUGGAACUCUUA